AUGGACACGCUACCGGUAGAAAUCCUCUUCGAAAUCAUCGACUAUCUCACACCCCGCGAACAAGUCCUGCUACAAUUCGUCUCAAAAAGUCUCCUCGCCCUCGCCCGCGAUAAUAUCCUCUGGAAACUUCACUGCUACGAGAAAUCAUGGGCUAAUUACGAGACCACCCGUCCCCGCCCCGCAGAGACUGCGAGCCUCGUUGGCAAUCCGACGGCAUCGCUCAGCUCGCUUGGACAGGAGUCUCUUCGUUCUUUGAUUCAACCGCGCAGCACAGCUUUGAAUGAGACCGGUCCGGAUGGUCGAAAUGGACACAGCUCCUCGCUCGUGGAGAGGUCCAGAGCAGCGACUGCUUGGGAUCCAUCGUAUGAGAAGGAAGAAAUCGAUUGGUACUCGGAAUACAGAGACAGACAUGGGCCAAUUUCUUUCAGUUGGCUACAGCAGCCGUAUACGAGAUCCAGGAACAAUAAGAAAGAGGCCCCGGAGGUGAAAGGGAUUGGCCUGCUGCGGGGUCGGAACUCCGCAGGGCACCACAAGGUGGUUGCGCCAUUGGAAGAUGGCAGUGUUUGCAUAUGGGAUUUGAACCAUUCCUAUAGCGCUGCGCCUCAGUCUACCAAGGGCAGGGUCCUUGGUGUUAGUGCUCCGGGGAUUCUAACAGCUUCCAAUUCAGCAUCAGAGUUUCUGAAUCUGGGAGAAUGCGUGAGCGUGGACUCCGUCCGUCGACGAGCAUAUAUGGCAGUUGGGAACGUUUUGAACGAAGUGGACCUGGAGACACUUCAAGUGGUCACGCAGCAGCGCUACCCUUGCCCUGUGUUUGCUCUAUCACAGGAAACGGAUUAUUCGGCACCGUUGACGUUGGCUACGUGGUUGAAUCUUUAUAUCCAUGAUCCUCGAUUGUCAGCACCAGGUUCUGUGGAACCUGAUGUUACAUACGCAUUGUUAUCCCAACCUAAUCCUUUGUCCAUCUUACAUCCCCCUUCUCUACAUGAGCAUGCUAUCCUCGUCGCUGGUCGCUUCCCUGCCAUAUUGCAUUACGAUCGCCGAUUCUUCCCUCAUUUGCAAAAUAUCGUUCAUUCUGGUGGCAGUCUAUGCGGUCUUGCCUCAGCGCCUUCUCCUCAAUUUUCGGUGUGUGCGGAUUCAAAUGGGUCAGAUGUGCAAAAGAUAGUUGCUUGUGGGGAAUAUAAAGGCAGAGGCUCGCUGGAACUGUAUAAUCUUACACCGUCGGAAACGUCUUCCGGUCUUUCUUCGGCAGCAUAUCAGAACCGUCAGAGUGCUGCGCGGUCAAAAUUGUUGUCUGUCGCAUCGCACGGUGUUCGUCUCGUCUACUCCGAUGCAGAUGGGAAUGUCAAAUGGGUAGAGAGAGACGGACGUUCCGAAAUCCGUCAUUGGAAUAUAAAUAAUCAUCUGUCAGAUAUGAAAGCAAACCAACGCACAGCCAAUUCUGGAGCUGCUGAGGAGCCAGAUGAAGACGACGCUGAGACAGGUGGUUUAUUCACCAGUUCACGUGGUAACAACGAAGUUGUCCAAAAGGUUAUGCCUACGGGGGGCAGCUUGAUGGACGAUGAGCUUCUCAUCUGGACUGGAGAGCGGAUUGGACGUCUUCAGUUCUCUGGGAUCCCGGAACCGGAUCUUAAUCAAGGGGAUGAAGAAGAGGAUAUCCCUAUUGAUGAGGAACUUGACAGCACUACUCGUGAGAGGCUACGAGAUCAGAGAAGAGAGCAGCUGCGACGCGAGAAUGAGUAUGCGCGGACGAUGCGAAGGGCAUUGGAGAGGCAGGCUGAUGAAGUCCGUCGGAUGGGAGGUUUUGGUUUAUGA